UGCAAGCGUUCAAAAUGGCGGCGGCAGCAGCACAAAAAGUUCAAGAAGUGAGAGAUAUCACUAGGAUUGAAAGAAUAGGAGCUCAUUCCCACAUUCGUGGUCUUGGCUUAGAUGAUGCAUUAGAAGCAAGACAGGUUUCACAAGGAAUGGUUGGUCAGGUUGCUGCCAGAAGAGCCGCUGGUGUUAUUUUGGAAAUGAUCAAGGAGGGGAAGAUUGCAGGAAGAGCUGUUCUGAUUGCUGGACAGCCUGGCACUGGGAAAACAGCUAUUGCUAUGGGAAUGGCACAGUCUCUUGGCCCUGACACUCCCUUUACAGCUAUAGCUGGAAGUGAAAUCUAUUCAUUGGAAAUGGGAAAGACAGAGGCCCUUACACAGGCUUUCAGAAGGUCUAUUGGAGUAAGAAUAAAAGAGGAAACUGAAAUCAUAGAAGGUGAAGUUGUAGAAAUACAAAUUGACAGGCCUGCUAGUGGAACAGGAGCAAAAGUUGGCAAACUGACUUUAAAAACAACAGAGAUGGAAACUGUUUAUGAUCUUGGAACAAAGAUGAUAGAAUCCCUGACAAAAGAAAAAGUGCAGGCAGGGGACAUCAUAACAAUUGACAAAGCAACAGGAAAAGUCUCCAAACUUGGACGCUCAUUUAACAGAGCUAGAGAUUAUGAUGCCAUGGGGCCACAGACCAAGUUUGUCCAGUGUCCUGAAGGAGAGAUACAGAAAAGAAAAGAGGUUGUUCAUACAGUCACUCUCCAUGAAAUUGAUGUCAUCAACAGCAGAACACAGGGAUUCCUGGCACUCUUCUCAGGUGACACUGGUGAAAUCAAGGGAGAAGUGCGGGAACAAAUCAAUGCUAAAGUUGCAGAAUGGAGGGAAGAGGGAAAAGCUGAUAUUGUACCAGGGGUACUGUUUAUUGAUGAAGUUCACAUGCUUGAUAUUGAGUGUUUCUCUUUUCUAAACCGAGCUUUGGAAAACGACAUGGCACCAGUUCUUAUAAUGGCUACAAACAGAGGAAUCACAAAAAUCCGUGGUACCAAUUACAAGAGUCCGCAUGGAAUACCUCUGGACCUGCUAGACCGAUUGUUGAUUAUCUCAACAUCACCUUACCAAGAGAAAGAUCUAAGACAAAUUCUUACCAUAAGAUGUGAGGAGGAAGACGUUGAGAUGUCCGAAGAUGCUAUAUUUUUGCUUACAAAAAUUGCUCAAGAGACUUCACUUAGAUACUCCAUUCAGCUAAUCACUGCUUCCAGUCUAGUUUGCCGGAAACGAAAGGGAACGGAAGUGAAUGUGGAUGAUAUUAAACGGGUAUAUUCGCUGUUUCUGGACGAGGCUCGCUCGACCCAGUUUCUUAAAGAAUACCAAACAGAAUUCAUGUUCCAUGAAGACGAGUCUACCGAGCCCGUAUCUGAAGCUAUGGAGACAGAGGCAGAAACUGCUUGAUGAAAAUUUCGCAUUCCAGUAUACACUGCGUGUUACAUUUCUUUCCAGAUCCAAGGAGGAGUUCUGUGUGUUGCCAUGAGCAUCAAAAUAGACUCUUAUCGCGAACUAACAACCAACUACAACCUGCAAAUUGCAGUAUUGAAUAGACUCACUGUAGCUAAAUUGCGCCUUUUCAACGACGACAAGUUUGUUUUAUUCAAAAACGCAAUAACUAGUCGAAUUGUAAGUACCUGCUAUUUCGCUAUCACUGCUCUAAGCACUUCAAUUUGGCCCAUUUUAGCAUUGGAAUCGCACCAUUCAAUAAUUAUUACGAGCUAUGAAAUCUGUUUAUUUGAUAUGGGAUGUGGUUUGUAGUGAGUGUUGUCGUAGAGACUGUUUAUAAUAAAAAAAAAACUAGCAUUUUACAUCUUUAUGGCUAGUGUCGUACAACCCACCUCCUUCAAUAUAGAGUAUUGGCAUCAUUCAGACUGCGUGAGGCAGGCCGAAUUGAAGCCUAUUGUAGCCAGAAGACUACAGUGUACUGGGCCAAUACUAACAACCAUCGUAUUGGAAUUGCUUGCGUUUCGACCACGGUGGCUGAAAGUCUCUCUCACAGAGAAGUGAUAUAUAUUUGAUGAGUACCACGUAUCGCAAGUCUUUGGCCAAAGCCUUUUUCAUUUUUGUCCUUCAGGACCUGCUGAACGAGUGUUCUACUGAUCCGUACUUCUAACCAAAAUGAUGGCGGGUCUGGCAACGAGAUUGACAUGUUUUCCGAAGAACGCAAGAAUGCCAACCUUAAAUGAAACAGAUCGGAUAACUUUUAAUUAGGUUUUUUGACAAAGUAUCUGGCCAACAACCCUAAAAUUAAAGAUCUUUGCUGUUCAUUGUGA